UGGCCGGCUUGGGUUUACUGCACGAGAUAUUCUGACAGGCCGUCAUCAGCAACCACCACCACCAACAACAACAUGACCAAUCAGCAGCAGCAACAACAGCAACAGCAGCAGCAGGACGAAAAAAGACCUCGCACUGCUUUCACGGGGGACCAGCUAGCCCGAUUGAAGCGAGAGUUUAACGAGAACAAGUACCUGACAGAGGAGAGGAGGACCUGCCUGGCCAAAGAACUGAGCCUCAACGAGAGCCAGAUCAAAAUCUGGUUCCAAAACAAGAGGGCCAAAAUGAAGAAGGCCAGUGGGGUGAAGAACCAGUUGGCCCUCCAGCUCAUGGCCCAAGGUCUCUACAAU